CAGUACCUCUUCUAUCUCCAUUUUCUCCUCUCCACUAACAACUCUCUCUUGUUCUUCUUCCAUUUUUCAUUCUCUUUCUCCUUCUCUUUCUCUAGAAACCUCCAUUAAUACGUAUUUAUUUAUACGUAUAUUAUCUCUCAUCCUUUCUGCUUAGGUAGCCGUUUCUGUGCUCAAGACAAACGAAACCGGCUUAUAUAUUUCUUUGUUGAUCAGUUUCUAUAGAUCUGUCUUUCUUUUCUGGUUCAUUGCCCGGUACUUUUCCUCUGUGUAUGGCAGUUAAUUUAUUGCGGCAUGAGGUGUCAGAUCUUUGUAUUGGAAAACCGUCGUUGAGGACGCUAUCGAUCUCCUCCACCGUCGCCGAAGCGUUGGCGGCGCUGAGGAAGUUCGGCGAAGGUUUUUUGAGUGUAUGGAGCUGCGGCGACCACGCUAAAGCUGAGGAGGCGGAUUCUGGCUGUCGAUGCGUAGGAAAGGUUUGCAUAGGGGACGUGGUCUGCUUUCUUUGUAAGGAAGAGAAUUUGAAGAAUCCUGGCGUUGCGUUGCAGGCGCAGCUCUCUGUUUUGGUUCCUAAGAUCCCUGGUCUUGUUAAGCAUUUAGAACCUACCGCGAGCUUAUGGGAAGCCAUGGAUCUCAUAGUGGAGGGUACACAGAACCUUGUGAUACCUCUCCGUACCCCAACCACAAAUUCCAGGAAAAAGCUCCUCUCAAAAUCCUCCAUGAGCGGAACAAUUCACAACAACAGUCAAUACUGCUGGCUAACACAGGAGGAUGUCAUCCGCUACCUGUUCAACUCCAUUUCAGUCUUCUUUCCCAUCCCGGGCCAACCUAUAAACUCCCUCAACAUCAUCGACUCCGAUAAAGUCCUCACUGUCUACUACGACGAUCCUGCAUCGGUUGCCUUGCCUUCCAUUGCUCAAUCCAUUUUAAGACAAACUUCGGUCGCGAUCCUCGACAAUGACAACAAACUCGUUGGCGAAAUAUCACCCUUCAUGCUCUACUCAUGCGUCGAGUCCGUUGCAGCGGCCAUUGCUACGCUCUCUGCAGGUGACUUGAUGGCUUACAUAGACUGUGGAGGACCACCUGAGGACUUGAUAAGGUUGGUGAAGGAGAGGCUGGAGGAGAAGAAUUUUGGGGCGGCCCUGGAAAUGAUGGAUGAAGAAUUGGGGAUUUCAUAUUCGUCCUCUUCAUCGUUCUCCUCGUGCUCAUCUUCGGACGAGGAGUUUGGGAUGGGGAAGAGCGGGAGAUUUGGGGGGUACUCCGCGAGGAUGGUGAGGAGGUCAGAAGGAAUUGUGUGCUAUCCAUGGAGCUCGUUGGUGGCGGUGAUGAUUCAGGCACUGGCACACCGUGUAUGUUACGUUUGGGUUGUUGAAGAAGAUGGGAGCUUGGCUGGGAUUGUUACUUUUGAAGGGAUGAUCAAAGUAUUCAUGAAACAAUUAAGGUCGUAGAAGAUUGAGGAUUCAAAUUGAAAAUCCUGAAUCUCGUAACGACGAAAGAUUGAAACGAAGCAACAAUAAGCUUUUUUUUUUUUUUUUUUUUUCUAAGAAAUGUAUUCAAUAAUUUAAUUUGACAACGAUGGGAAUAAUCCACCAAGAAAAUGUAUGUUAAUCGAUCAAAAACUGCACGGAAAUAAUUUAAUUGUACUUGGAUGAUGAGUUUGAUUAGGGACGGCCAUUAUUGGAGAAAAUGGGAUAAGAAUGUCGGGGUAAGGUGAGAAUCGAUAGGAAUUCUUAUUAUUAUUCUGUUGUUUGUACGGUGGAGUAGGUAUGAGGAAAUUAUUCCAUUGGUUG